CCCCGGCUCCCUCACGAAAGGGCCCGGCGCUUGGCGCUGCGGCCCCCGAGCGCGGCCGUGCUGCCCGCGGGGCUCGCAGGGGCCGUGCCGCUGCGGGAUGGGAUGUACCUGAGGCUCUUCCCUUGGAGGUGUAGAGCCACAGCACUGCAGCCAUGUCCAUUGGAGUGCCAAUCAAGGUUCUGCACGAGGCCGAGGGCCACAUCGUGACUUGUGAGACCAACACAGGAGAAGUUUAUCGAGGCAAACUUAUCGAAGCUGAAGACAACAUGAAUUGUCAGAUGUCCAACAUAACAGUGACGUACAGAGAUGGACGGGUGGCACAGCUCGAGCAGGUGUACAUCAGGGGCAGCAAGAUACGGUUUCUCAUCUUACCAGAUAUGUUGAAGAAUGCUCCUAUGCUAAAGAGCAUGAAGAAUAAAAACCAGGGUUCUGGAGCUGGGCGAGGGAAAGCAGCCAUUCUCAAAGCUCAAGUGGCUGCAAGAGGAAGAGGCCGUGGUAUGGGCCGUGGCAACAUCUUCCAGAAGCGAAGAUAAUUUUGGUCUUGGAUGAAUUGCUUUUUUUUUUUUUAAGGGUGUUAACUUGAUGUGUGCAUUGAUAUCAGUUUUGUUUAAUAAAUGUUUCUGACAAAAACUCGUCUGCUCUUACCUGACAGAACAAAUCUUGGGCAAAUACGCAGCUUUGAAAAAUAGUGGACUUUAUUAUAUCUAGUUUUGACCACUUUGUGUGAUGCAUUAGUUUUUAAAGAUCCUUUUUCUUGUUUAGUCCUGCUGUCGUUUAUUCUCUAAAGAGUUAGAAGGCAUUCUUAAUGAAGAAUUUGAAGUCAUACAUUAUAAAGUUUUAUUAGCAGCAGUGUUUAUGGAAGGUACAGCAAAACAGAGGCAGCUUCCUGAGAAACAGAGCACUGUGUUCUUUUGCUUUAUAUGACCCUACAAUAGAUAAAAGUCCAUCUUCAGAUCUGUAUAUUGAACUUGUAUUCUUGCAUUUCUUAUUUUUUCUCUUUGGAUAUGGGAAGAAUUUUUCAUUAGGAACACACAACUUUGAUAGCCUGAAUCUAUAUUUGCAGUGAAAAAAUCUGUUCUGACUUUCUUAGCAGUUUUCCCCUGUGUUGGGAAAAGACGACAGAACAUAGAAUAGGCAUUUUCCAGGAUAAAUCUGAAGUGCUUUGUAGAUUUGAAAGGUAGUACAGGUGUAUGAGGAAAGUCUUCUAAAUAGUUCUCCACUAAACACAGUACAAAUGCUGAUGCUUUGAACAAAACUCAUGAUCAACUUCAGCUUUUGAUCUUAUUAUCUACACACAGUUUUGUAUAGAUCAGCUGAUCUGCAGGACGCCAAAUGUAGUUGUAACUUCAGUUUAUUUUGCUUAAAAUGUAGUGUGGGUGUUUUUACUGACUUAAAUGAAAUGUUUCAAUGUAACCCUUCUGUACUUAAUCACUUACUUGCAUUCAGUCAAUUACCAGUCUGUACACACAGAAAAGAGCUGCUCUUGCUUUUCUGCUCGGAUGCUGUGAAGACUCUCCCUUGUGUGCAGACAGGAAAGUUGAACUAAUGUAUUAACUUGUUGAAUUGUGUGUAAAUAAAGCUGUAUUUGGUCUCCCAUCA